CUGCUGGUGAUAUAUAACGAUUAUCAGGUUGGUAUUCCAUUGAAUUUGCAUUACUGUUGUGAGACAUAAACAUGCGUAUACCCAUGUUUCUGUGAUCAUUUGGCUUACAGGUUAUCAUUGAUUCUGUUUCUGUGGAUUCAUCUCUCCCUUCACGUUUUUGUUGUUUGUCGCUGAGAUUUAUAGAAUCUGUAAGCCAAUUUGCCCUUUUGGCACGUGUUUGCUGUGCUGCGAAUACAGUUAUGCGACUGAAUCGUCCAACACUUGUUAGGCAACAAUGUGAACCAGCUGAACUUUAUCUAGAUGAUAUAGCUGGAUGUUUAACUGCUGCUGAUGCAAGUAUUCGUGGAGAUCUUGAUGGUAUUGCAUUACACCUUCGACCAACUGGAAAUAUACCGACGUCUAACUCUGAUGAAUUACUAAACUGUGAUAAUAAUAAGCUAAACAUUGAUAAACAAAAUUAUGAAUUUAUUCAACCCAAAAUUGGAGGAUUCAGUGAACUGUUAGGUUUACCUCAUUCUUCUAGGUCUGCUUAUUUGGGUGAAACAUUUUCUGCUCAUGUCAAUUUGCAUAAUGAAAGUAAUCAAAUUUGUUACAAUGUUGAAUUGAAAGUUGCUCUCCACAAUCGUACAGAAUUAAUAACAUUGCCGGUAUCUCCUACAUUGAGUGGUGUUUCUAUUCCACCUGUUCUUCGAAACUCUUCAUCUAGUCAAGAAUCAUCGAAUGUACGUACAGGCAUAAAUCCAACCAAUGGUGUUGACGGUGAUGGUGUUUUAGAUUUACAUCCAGGACAAUCUUUGAAUGCAGUUAUCAGUCAUGAAUUAAAAGAAUUAGGUAUUCAUAAUUUACGAUGUACAGUAUCGUAUUUUCAAACAAAUACUCAUGGUAAAUCUGAAGCAUCAUCUCAUGUUGCUGCAUAUGAAUCUCCACGGUUAACAUCAGGUCUUUCAUCUAGAGAUACAGUUAAACGAGAACCGAUCACAUUUCAACGUUUAUACAGAUUCUCUGUAACUAAACCCUUGGAUGUUCAAAAGAAAUUUUCAAUUGUUGAUAUUGAUCGUAGCUUACUCAUGGAGACACAAAUUCAAAACUUAACCGCUACUCCAAUUGUACUGGAACGUGUCUUAUUUGAGCCUAAUCCUCAAUUCAGCGUAAACGAUCUGAACAAUCUUCAGUUUGGUAGAAAAUCUCUGUCUUAUACUACUCCAACAUACUACCACUACUACUACCUGCAACCGAAUGAUGUACAACAAUUUGUGUAUCGUUUAAUGCCAACAACUACAAAUCCUCUGCCUUAUAUGAAUUCAUCAACAAUUUCAUCGUUGGCUAUGUCAUCAUCUUUGCCUAAUCCAGUACAAGUUUCUUCUAUGACCAAUCAUCAGUUGUCUAUAUCAGCUGGAUGUUUAGAUAUUACUUGGAGAUCAGUUAUGGGUGAAAGAGGUCGAUUACAAACUAGUCCUUUAAAAUAUGAGCUUCCCACUAUUGGAGAUAUUCAACUCAAAGCUUCAAGUCUUCCACCUACUGUCACCACAGAACGACCAUUUAAAAUGAAAUUUGAACUGGUAAACUGCAGCAAAACAAAUUUGGACUUGGUUUUAAAUCUUCAAUCAACUCAAAGUUGUAUGUCUUCAAUCAAAGCUAACUCGCCAACAAACGAGGAGGAGGUCAUCUCAUCUGAUAAUAAACAAAUUUUUGUGUUGAAUUCAUCUGUUAACCAGACGGGUUUACCGGCGAUUGUCUGGCUGGGUAGAACAAGACAACACCUUGGUAAACUUUCACCUGGUCAGUGUAUUCCAUUCGAAUUAAAUUUAAUGGCUACUUCGCCUGGAUUACAUAUGAUCUCUGGUGUAUGCAUUCAUGAACUAACAAUGAACAGAGAUUAUGAAUUCAAUGAUCUGGCACAUGUAUUAGUCUUCGCUGAUGUUUAAUCUUCAAAUCAGUUGGUGUCUUCAGUCAGCUGAUGGAUGAUCCCCCUAAUGAUGAUGAUAAUGAUGUGUAAAUUGGUUCAUCUUAUGGUUUCACUGACUUCUUACUCAUUAUGUUACUUGACUAUUUUAUUAUAUAAUGCUAAUAUCUUCUUCUUGAAUACUGAUUGGUUGGUUGAAUGAAUAGGUAAAAGAAAGAUUAUUGUGAAUGCUUUUUUAAUCAGUCAGUGUAUUUAUUUAGGAUUGCAUAACAAAUACAACUUGCCUAUAAGUACGGAGUGGAAUUCCUUAUUUCUUAAAAUUUAGUUGGUAAUCAUUAAAAAUUCCCACUAUAAUUUAAAAGCCAUUUGAG